AUGGAUGAGCUGCUCCGCUCCGGGCGGCGCUUGCUCCGGUUCCUGGAUGCGAAUAAUGAUGGGCUCCUCUCUGUGGAGGAGUGCCAACACUUGCAGGAGGACUUGUGGCUGUUCCCGACAAAGGACGCGUUCCUCGAAGUCCUCGAUCCCCAUGAUAGCGAGUUUCUGGAUGCCGAUGCAUUGUGGCAGCUCCUGUCCGACAGGCUGGAAGCGGACCCAAGCCAUGGACAGGAGUGGUUGAAGGGCCAGCUUCCGUCAUUGAAACGGCUCUACACGACGCGGCGAUCGAAGUCGAAGCUUCUGGAAAGCCCACAAGGAAGCCCUCUGAGCCCCUCGCGGAGCCCUUCGCCCUCGCGGAGCCCUUCGCGGAGCGCUUCGCGAAGCGUUUCUCGGAUGGCUUGGAAGCCAACCUCGCUGGAAGCAGCUUGGGAGGACUUCUGCCAAGCCCUUCAGGUUACAGACAUCACUGCAGCUUUUUCCAAGCUUUGCGCUCAUCUCAACGGUGACCCGCUGAGCAGCACUAGUCACACUUCUGUGGUCUUGUACGAGAAGCUUGUGGCCAGACUGUCCUCGGUGUCAAUUCCACGGUUCCAGCGGCAGAAGGGUGCAGGUGGGUAUCCUCUGCACGACGCUCGCUUGGGUGUUAUCGGUGCUGGGCCGAUUGGCCUACGGACUGCUCUAGAGCUAGCGCUGCUGGGUGCAAAGGUUCAGGUUUUCGAUGUUCGGGACGGCUUCUACCGCAUGAACAUCCUGAAGCUUUGGGACUGGGCCUCUGCCGACCUUCUGGAUCUGGGAGCAAAACACUUGCUCCCAAAUUUCCUGACUUACGUUGAUCACAUCGGGAUCCGUGAGCUGCAGUCGCUGCUGUUAAAGCUGGGCCUGCUUGCCGGAGUCCGGUAUACCUGGAAUGCCAGCUUCAAGGAAGUGAGUCCGUCGUUCUCCAUGAAGUAUUUGCGCGUUACCACGCAGAUGGCAUCGGUGGAUUCGCAGGGGAGACGGACUUUGGGCGUGGACGAGACCCACAGCUUUUCCAGCCUGGUCGCUUGUGAUGGCGGUGGCAGCAGGGUCGCCACGCAGCUCGGCCUCCAGCGAGUACGAGCCGACGGCCUUACCACAGAGCCAGGUUGGGAGUUUGCUGUGGUUGCAAACUUCGUAAAUCUGAUGGAGCCGGACGAUCGCUUGUUGGAAGAAUGCCCCCGCGGUUUCUCUGAAGAGGAGUUGUCGCUUGUGAAGCGGCUCAUCUAUCUGCAAGGUGAGACUCACUAUUUCAUCAUGACUGUGGAAGCGAAAGUGCUUCUGGAGCAUCAAGUUCUGCGAGAUGGUUCCCUCACCGACAAGGAGCUCUUGUCCGUUGAGAACGUUGACAUGCGCAAACUCGAGGACUUCUCUCGAAUCGUCGUGGAAGACUACUCAAAAAAGGUUCGCUCCCUGGGUGGCAUCUUUGCUGUGGAGAUCCCAGAAGAUUUCUUGGCGACGAGGGCCAUCGCUUUGGAUCCUCGUGGACGCCCAGCGCUGUCAGCUUUCGCGUACCGAGCAAACCUUACAUGGCUUUCGCAGCCCAUCUACUUGUUUGAUGGCUGCGAUGGAGACCUCCCAGUAUUCUUUGCAGGCGACGCCCUGCGGGAACCUUUCUGGCCUUAUGGCGAAGGUUGCAGUCGCGGCUUCAUGGGAGCUUUGGACACUGUCUGGGCAGUGAGGUGCUGGGCAAUGGGUCUACGAGGGGCUAAGCUCCGAAGCCUGCGGAAGAAACUCUUUGACUUGGCUUCGCAGGUGGAUCCGGUGACAAAGGGCAGGGAUGUGCUGCUGCCCUUUGAGCGCCCGGUCCCCUUUUCGGGCCUCGGCUUCCUGAGUGGAUUGAAGCUCCCAUGGCCCGCCUGGGGCUUUGACGGCCGCAAGCGGCCAAUAACCUUCGACUACACCACGGAUCCCACAACGAGGUACCGGCUCUACGACGCGGAGGACGAGCAAGAUGAGCUAGAAGCGAGUGAGCCGAGUGCCAGCCUGGAAGCCAGUUGCGGCUGGGGCAAGCACAAGCUGAGCAAGUUCAAUUGGUUGAAGUUUCCCUCUUCAGCGCCAAAUCUGCGCUUGGAGACGGGGGCGUUGAUCCUCUCAGAGCUGCUAGGACAAGGAUUGCUGGUACCUGAACGACCCCUUCAUCUGGAUGGAGCAGACGAGGUUCCCGAGCCAUUCCGCCGUGCUCUCCGCGAGCUCUCGGCACGGCUCCCACCAGGGGCGCGCAUCGGCUUCACUGCGCGAGUCUCCGGCGUAGCGGGGGCACCAGCUGUGGCAUACAGUGCAGUCCGUGAGAGUUUGGGCCCGGAACGCUUCUUGUGGCAUGGAACGGCUUGGGAAUGUGUACCGAACAUCGUGCGACACGGAUUCAAUCGGGCAUACGCCUUCAACGCAAGGCAUGGCUCCAAACUGGGGCGUGGCGUGUACUUUGCGGAAGAUCCGGCAUACGCCCUGCGCUUUGCCGGGCGGACACAGUCCAGCCGAGCGCUGCUCCUGGCCGGCGUGCUGCCCGGGAACUUCACUCGCGGAAAGGAGGGUCUCCUGGAGCCUCCACGCUGCGACGCUUCUGGUAAGCGGUUUGACGCGACAACCGACGACGCACGGCGGCCGCGGGUCUUCUGCGUCUUCAAAGACUUUCAAGCCUUGCCUCUCUAUUUGAUCCAGGUCAUGGUGGCCUCCUGA